AUGCCAUCUUUUACUAUUCUCUAUUUAUUCACACUGUUCUACGUGACUACAGCACAGUACGAUGAUCUCAGCAUACUAGAAGAGGUCCUGGAUCGAACAACGCUUCCUACUGUGGAUGCUGUCGACUCUAAAGUUACGGUGGAAUCUAUAAGCGAUCUUCUCGAAACGAUGAAGGCAAGCAGCACAGUUGCACCCACUGCACCUGAGGUGGCCACUACUGCUGGUGCGAUGGAAGAACUUACUAAGAGCAUGCCAGAAAUGGAGAAGAAGAAUGAAUCCAAAGGAAUAGAGAUAGAAGUGACUCCUAUUGUCAGCACUCCACUAGUUGAAUUUCUUCAAAGUACCACUGAAGAAUCUGCAACGACAACUCAUGAGACCAGCACAUCUUCUGAAUCUGAGAUCAAAGUUACAAGCACUGAGGCCACGCUCACCUCAAUACCGACGGAGAUCCCAGCCAUUGAAAAGGAGCCCCUUAUUGGAUUAGGCAAACCUGAUCUCUCCCGCAUCUACAGAAGACUGUUCCCAUAUCGUAAUAUCUGA